AGUGGCCGCCUUUGGACGCGUAUGCCGCCGUCUCAUCGCCGUGUCGUGUCACUUUGGACUACCCGUAAUCUCGGUCCGGCUGAUGCUCCUCCGAUUAUCUCGCCAUCUCGCACAGAGCGCAGCAUCCAAAAAAAAAACACCACAAGCGCCGCAGGCUUAAUUCCAUUUAUUCGACUUAAAUUCGCUGUUAUUCUGGUUAGUCUUUCGAUUCGGAUUGGUGUUUUCAUGUUUUCGGGAAGUAGUUUCGGCGUCAUCUAAAAUUAAACGUGUUCUGAAGUUUAUAAAAUGUGUCAUUCCGAUCGUGCGUGCGUGUUAAGUAAUGCAAACAAACAAAUGAUAAUGAUAAAAAGGCGAUAAACGUUUAAAGCUCUGUACAAGAAAAGAGGUGCAAAAUAGCAAAAAGAAAAACACCAAGUGAGUGAGAGCCACACUCGGUUUAUUUGAGCAGAUUCGUUUAAUUGCGCAUCGCACGGCGAAGAGAGAAAGUGCCCGUGGAGUGGCAGAGUUCAGGAGCGGAGACGCCUCGCUGACAGGUUCCUGCUGUCUUCCAUAUUGCACCAUCGUCGCCCAUCGUCCGUGUGCUCCUGGUUUCCCCACAUGGCCGACGACGAUUUGCGGGCUCUGGUCGACAGCCUGGAUGACGCCUCGCGUGAGGACCUGGCCAAGGUCAUCGCCAACUUCUCGCUGGACAUGCUGCAGCGGGCCAGCGCCCUAAUUGGCGCCCAGCAGCAGCCGCACAGUGGGGCGCUGCUGCACAACCGCACGCAGCAGUGCCAGGAACAGGCGGACCUGGAGGCAUUAACAGCUGGCGGCAAGCGGAUUUUACAAUGCCCCAGUUCAUUCGAUUCGGUGCUGUGUUGGCCCCGCACAAAUGCCGGCAGCCUGGCUGUUUUACCCUGUUUCGAGGAAUUCAAGGGCGUGCACUACGACACUACAGAAAACGCCACACGCUUUUGUUUCGCAAAUGGCACCUGGGAUCGCUACUCGGACUAUGAUCGCUGUCACCAGAACUCGGGUUCCAUACCCGUAGUGCCGGAUUUUUCACCCAAUGUCGAUCUGCCGGCCAUUAUAUAUACCUGUGGUUAUUUCCUAAGCUUUGCCACUUUGGUGGUGGCCCUCAUCAUAUUCCUCAGCUUUAAAGAUCUGCGUUGUCUUCGAAACACCAUUCAUGCGAAUCUAUUCGUAGCCUAUUCCACCUCAGCCCUCCUGUGGAUUCUCACCUUAUUUCUGCAAGUGAUAACCACAGAGUCUAGUCAGGCUGGCUGCAUAACGCUGGUCAUCAUGUAUCAAUACUUCUACCUAACCAACUUUUUCUGGAUGUUUGUGGAGGGCCUCUAUCUGUACACAUUGGUGGUGCAAACGUUCUCCAGCGAUAACAUUAGCUUUAUAACCUACGCCCUGAUAGGCUGGGGCUGUCCAGCCAUAUGCAUUUUGGUGUGGUCCAUUGCCAAGACAUUUGCCCCACAUCUCGAGAAUGAGCAUUUCAAUGGGCUGGAUAUUGAGUGCGCCUGGAUGCGUGAAUCUCAUAUUGACUGGAUUUUUAAGGGACCCGCCUCAGUGGCCUUGCUUGUUAAUUUAGUAUUUCUCAUACGCAUCAUGUGGGUACUCAUCACUAAAUUGCGUUCUGCGCACACGCUGGAAACGCGGCAGUAUUAUAAGGCCUCGAAGGCGCUACUGGUGCUGAUACCUCUGUUCGGGAUCACCUAUCUGGUGGUGCUCACUGGCCCGGAACAGGGAAUCAGUCGUAAUCUCUUCGAGGCCAUAAGAGCCUUCCUUCUCAGCACACAGGGCUUCUUUGUGGCUCUGUUCUACUGUUUCCUAAACUCUGAGGUGCGCCAGACGCUGAGGCAUCGACUCACGCGGUGGCGCGAGAGCAGGAACAUCCACCGCAACAGCUCCAUCAAGAAUCGCAGGCAUCGCGCCUCAAAAGACUACUCGCUGAGAUCGCGAACCGAAAGUCUACGCACGGAGGAAUGCGUGAUCUGCCUCCGUCCUUCGCCACACACGCGAUUGGGAUCUCUGCAACGCUACCACAGCAUCGAUAUCACAGAUUUUGUCUAGGCCUUAUGUACCUUAAGGGGCAUUUAUCUAGACCACUUUGUCCGAAAAGUAUACACUCUGUGUCUUGUUUGGGAUUUACCCAAAUAAACUGACAAGGCACAUAAAAAAGCUGCUUCUUCAGAAGGAACGAACAGCAUUUGUCCUCAGCUGGAAGCAAAAUAAACCUUGAAGUGUGAUAAAAUCAACCAGAGUGCUCCAAACUCACAAGUAAAGCAGCAGCUAGUGUCUGGCAUUUCCUCCUUAACUCUGAUCUUAAGUUCCUCUACUAAGAUAUAUAAUAGCUAUGCCCACAAAGAAAGAGAUCAUGUUUAGAC